AUGGCGUCUGUUGACAACGUGGACGACGAAAUGCUGUCCUACUCCCUGCUUCCAUUCUUCAUUCUCGGCGUCGUCAGGAUUGCCCUCGCAUGCUUCGGCAUCGCCGCCAACAUCGUGUCAAUUCGGGUUCUCACUCACAAGUCAAUCUGGUCGGCGACAUCCAUCCUCCUUAUAUCCCUCGUCGUGUACGACACCGUGUUCCUCUUCACCGGCGCUGUCGUCAUCAUCGCCGGGCUGCCGGAAUACGAGGAGGACCAUCUGUUCGUCACCGUGACGGUCUUCUACCCGUUCCGAUACAUCGCGCAAAUGGGGUCCGUCUACUCCACUGUCGCAGUCACGGUGGAGCGGUUCGUCGUCGUUGUGACGCCCCUGAGAGCGAGGUCCAUCUGGACGACGAACAACGCAAGAAGGGUGGCAAUCGGCGUCUUCGUCUUCUCCCUAGGGUUCAACAUCCCCCGGUGUGUCGUCUUCCACCAACUGUCAUCAGCAGACUGGGUGGAGAACGGCACCCUGACUCAGACCGACGCAUCGCAAGCGUUCCUCUAUACACGAGUGUACGAGGUGUACCUGACGAUGGCGAUGUUCUACAUCCUUCCCUACACCAUCAUCAUCGUGCUCAACAUCAACCUCAUCGUCCAUCUACGUAUCAGCGCCAGGGUCACCAAAACAAUCAGUCCCCGCCAUACCGCGUCCACCUCGCCAACUGAUAAAGAAGAUGGCCUGACUAUCGUUGUCCUUGGGAUCACGACCUGCUUCUUCGUCUGCUGCGUGAUUCCGCUGACAUACCACAUCCUGCUGCUGGCUGACCUGGACCUAUUUUCGAACCCCCACAAAGUGUACUUGUUUGCUGUCAGUGACACGAUGCUGUGCGUUAAUUCGGCUACGGACUUUAUUUUCUAUUGUCUGCUGGGACGAAGGUUCAGGAACGUGUUCUACAAGCUCUUCUGCCCCUGUCUUUGUAGGAGGAGAAGUAGCCCAGUUAAUCAGAACCGACUUACUCUUUUACAAAUGAAAGGAAUUCCGUGUUCUAAUACUCGUUAUACCAUCUCUGAGUUGCGGUGA